AAAAUCGCAGACGACAAAAUCAGCUGUUUUAAGGAGAUGCUUCCGAACUUUUAUGACGCGUUCCUGAAGCCACCAGUCGAUGUUAUUAAUUACCCCAAGGAUGAACGAACAAACGAUAACAUCAAACCUUGCGACGAUUUAUACCGAAGGUCUAGGAAACUGGCCAUCAAAAGACCAUUUUCAAAGGUCUGGGAGAAAGUGAAAGUGUUAGAAAUGCCGGACAUACACAAUGAUUACCUUUUUUCAAGUCAGAUGAAAGCAUGUGAACAACAAAAAAAUGAACAGAAUCCUCAAGCAAAAAGACCACGCAGAUUCUAUGUUGGUGAUCAUCAUGCAAUAGAUGGGCAAGAACCAAGAUCAUCGAUUAGGCUUUUCUCGGGAACAGGGAUGAAAUGUUCUACCAACAGGUCAAUGCCAAUCUCGGAAGUAAACCAGUCAAAUCAACAACAGUGUUUCGUUGUGAAAGAAAAGGAAAUGACGGCCUUUUUUAAACUGAUGAAUGAUGAUCAUCUGCAAGACUUCCUUUACAUGGACAAGUGUAAAAGAAUUUCUGACAAGUAUCUAAUUGCCAUGGUGUUUGCCUUUUUUAAAAGAGCACAAUUGAAGAUCAGAGAGUACACGAGGAUGAAUUUCUUCAUUGGCUUAUAUUUGGCAAAUGACAUGGAAGAAGAUGAUGAAGAGGCUAAAUAUGAAAUUUUUCCAUGGGCUCUUGGUCACAAAUGGAGAGACAGAUUCCCAAGAUUCCUUCGAAGAAGAGACUUGUUUUGGGCUAAGAUCGGAUACAAAGCUGUAGUCAGCAAGCGCUGCUGCGAAGAGAUAAUGGAAAUAGACAAGGAAUCUCUAUUAUGGAGGAGAAAUCGCCCACUUCAUCAUGGUGGGGCGGUGAGGAGUUACAAUAAAGACCCUGAUGACGAUGGCUACCCCAGAGGCCCGGAAGCAUCUCCAAGGUCCUGUUCCGAUUGCAACAAUGACAGUCAGUACCAUUCUGCUGCUAGUCCUGCAUCAUGUUUUCUAUCUUCUGUGGAUCACUCUCCUAUUAUUUCUGAUGGGCAAAAAUCAACUUUUGAUAUGAAACCUCUGAAGAUUACUCUACCACAAGAUGAUGCUUGGCCAAGUUUAGAGGAAUGACACCUGCUGAUGAAGAGGAAGGAAAACAUUUAUCUGUAUUAACCUUCAACUAUCAAACUUUGUGAUAACAUUUUGUUUCUUUGGAAUCAAAUCUAUAAGUGCUGGCUACUUAAUAAUUUAUCAGACUGUUUUACAUAUUAAAGCCAUUUGCAAUGCUAGAAUAUUUGUGUAUUUGUACAUAAAGGGGAUUGGGAAGAAGAGUUCUUUAUAUGUGAUCAAUUUCUAUUUUCUCCUCAUUGGUUUUAGAUUUGCACCUGAUUAACACGAGUCAAGUAGUUAUAUACAUUUAACAAAGGAUGACACUAACUGCUAUUGCUGCCAUAUAUUUUGAAGUGAUGCAGCCAGUGUUACCCCAGGAUGUGUCUCUUGUGUGACACUUGAUGUUGGGAGUGCUGAAAGUUGCUCUAAAUGCUUCAGGACAUUCUCCCACCAACCCUGAUGUAGAAAAAUAUCCACAAACUCUAUACUGUUCAAAGAGCUUAUUAUAAUUCUGAAAAAAACAUAAUGAAUGCUUCAGGGAUCGAAGAGACCAAACCAGUAUUCAACAAAUUGUUAAAAAGUUUGAAGUUUUUGACCUCGAAGAAAGCAAAUUCCAUUCAAUUAAAAAAUCAGUAGGCAACACACAUAACAUAAUAUAUAUAUCCAUAUGCAUGAUAUAUCUUUAAAGUUGCAUAUUCUGACCUUUGACAUCAUGUAC